AUGAAUGCAGAUUUGACCGCUCGGAUCUCAGCAAAUAUGGUUGUUCUUCAAACGUGUGGCUCAAUCUUGGCUCAUAAACUAAUCUUAUCGAUUCGCGGUGAUCGCUCGGCUCGCCUCUUCCCAAAGCUUCGGCAAUCUGGACACUCAGUCGUGUGUCGAUUUGCCCCAAAUGAAGGUGUGGAGUGGUUUGGCGUCUUGUUGUUGGUU